AUGGACGAGUACGAGGAGGCCGUCUUGUUCACCUUUGCCCUGCUGGAGACGCGUCUGGACCGCCUCGAGUAUCUUCUGAGCGGCCCCAAGAAGACCGAGGAGAAACCCAAGACGAUCCCCGACCGCAUCCACAACAUCGAAAAGGCACUGCAGCAGCUGGCGGGGAAGACAUCGCUGCUGGUUGACGCGCAGGAGCUGAUAAACAAGCACAAGGACGUCCUCAUCCCCGAACGGGAAGCCGACAAAUAUGACCUCCCCCUCGACACAUCACAAAAGGCCGUGCUGGUGGUAGAACGCGCCACUGGAUUUGCGACUACCGCAUCACAGCUCAAAGUGCUCCAGGACCAGCAGGUGCCCUCGACAGAUGGCUUCACCAAGCUGGCCAUGCUGCGACCGCGCAUUGCCGAGGCAGAGAACCGCCACCUUGAACAAGCCCUGAAGAUUUCUGAGCUGAGGAAGAGGACCGGACUGGUGGUGCAGAGGUACAAGCAGGUCCAUCUUGUGGGUGCUGCGAGGUGCUGGGUGAGCUGGCAUGGGCGGUGUCAGAAGGCUUACAGGACGAUGGCAAGGGAGGAGUUCAAGCGAAAGCCUGAGGAACACGUGGUGGAGGAAGCGGAGGCGGAUGAGCCGCAUGCCACGGGAGAGCUAGUAGGGUCGUGA